CAUGCCUUGCCACCCUCUACCCCAGAUCUGGGCUUGCACACAGCUGGCAUCCCUGAGAUAAAAUGGCACACAGCUGAGUCCGGGCCAGCAACAGAAGCAUCCUCACAGCCAGGAUGCCUGUAAAUACAAUUGCUAAUUAAUGUAAGUUGUUCUGCGAAGAAGUGAUUGUUUCCUGCCUGAGAAAUUACAGGCUUGUGCUGGCAGCUCGCUGACUUUACCGGCAGCAGUGGCCCGCCUGUUUCCUUCAGGCCUUGACAAAAGGGAUUGCCAGGCUGGGAGGGCUGCUAUUACCGAGGCAGCUCUUAUCUCGUUACCGCAGUCCUUCACCUCCCUUUCCAGUGGGAGGAGCGGAGCCCGAGGGAGAGUGAGUGCAGCAGGCACCACUGUGCAACACCGCUCUUGGAGAGCGUGCCCCGCUGUACGUGGUGCCCACUGGGGACCGUGCCCCGCUGGGCUCAGCGCCCUGCAGCGAGCACACGCAGCUGACCGUUAGCGGCCACGCACAGCACCCACUGGAGAUCCUGAACAGAGAGGAGCAGGUGCCGUCCUGGGACACACAUCAUGGGCAACUGCAUCCCAGUGAGCCCCAGCGUCCUGGAGAGCAAAAACUCCCUGGACCUGCUGGACAUCAUGGGCAACUUCUCCUACAAUGACAACAAUACAAUCUUCCUGGACUACGAUGCUGCACCCUGCCACAACCAGUACUGUCCCCUCUUCCAGCGCGUGGCCCCCACCUUCCUGGCUGUCACCUGUGCCAUAGCCACCCUGGGCACUGGGGCACUGCUGGUGGCACUGGUCAAGCGGCCCCACGCCUGGGGCUGGCCCCAGAGCCGAGUGCUUGUGGCCCAGUUGGCAGUGGCCAUGGGUCUCUUCGCCACCCUGCUGCUGCCAGUGGCGGUGGGCAUCAGCCAGGGCUGGUGGCUGGGCACAGGGCUGUGCAGGCUCACCCACCUGCUGUGGCACUGCAGCCUCUUUGCACAGGGGCUACUGGUGGGCAGCAGCUCCUGCAGCACCGCCUGGUGCCGCUGGGACCCCCGGAGCUGGCGACUGGCUGUAGCUGUGUGGACUGGGGCACUGCUGCUGGCAAUACCAGCAGCUCUCACCAGCGGCACAGUGGCGGCCCCAGAGACAACCUGCAUCCGCCGGAGCGUGGACGUCCUCUCCCCAGUGUACCUGCUGCACCUCGCCCUCUGCCUUUGCUUCUUCCUGCUGCUGCCAGCAGGGCUGCUGGUGGCCAUGCUGGCCAUGCCACGGCUGAGGGCGGGCUGGAAGCCAGGCAUCGGCGUGAGCUGGCUCUUCUUUGGGGUCUGGGUGCCUUACGGCGUGGCACUGGCUGUGGAUUUCCUCCUGCAAGCUCAGCUGCUGCAGCUCACCUGUGCCACCUUUGAGAACUUUGACUAUGUGCUGGGGCUGAGCGAGGGGCUGGGAGCGCUGCACUGCUGCCUGGGGCCCACAGCACUGCUCGCCACCCAGCUCUGCCGGCACGGGCAGGCACCAGUGAGUGGCAGCUAGUGAGCUCCUGACGCUGGGGCCGAGGUCCUCACACUAGCCCCUGGCCCCCCCGCUCCCAGCACCAUCCCCUCUCCCCACCAGCCCAGCAGCUUCUGCCCACCAGGACCCAGGGGAGGGCAGCAUGGGCCCAUUAUGUGCCAGGCGUGGUGCCUCUACUCCCUCCAUCUCUUCCUUGGGGUCUCAGCCCCACUGUUUGGGGCCAGACAUGCCGAUUUGCUCAAUGGAGAUAGCCCUGGAGCCCCUCAAGCAUCUCCCCAAGCCCCCAGGGGGGGUGUCAGCCCCAGGCUCCUGCACCCCCAUGGGGACCCCUGAGGCUCAGCCCUAGCCCUCCCAGCUCCACGGGGAGAUUUCAGCAGGCAGAAAGGGCAGCAGUGAUGUGAAGUAACGGGAUUUUCCACUCCCUCCUGGCGAGCUGAGCUAAGCGUCAUGUCCAAGACCAGCCAGUGGGAAUUAUACACAAUAUAUAUGUC